CGAGUUGAGUUGAAGUAGUCCGAAACAGACUAGUCUGUCAUAUUUCCAGCAGGGCUACAUAACCUCUUUGAUAUUGUUUUGUUAUUGUGUAUGAAAAAAUAAUCUCCCACAAGAAUAAACAUGCAUUUCAAAAACAAAUUCAAUAUAGUGGCUUUACGAAGUUGGGCAAAAUGUCGUUGCAACUUCAAAUUCCAAAACUAAAAGGUCCAGCUAACUACAGAAUUUGGUCCAUGACUGUUCGCGCUUAUCUUGAAUCAGAAGACUUAUGGAAUGUUGUGCAAAGCACACCGUCUGAUAGGGCGGGGCUACGAAAAGAAAGUCGUGCCAGAUAUAUUCUUCUGUGUUUGAUCGAGGAUGAGGUGUUCAACGAACUGGAUUAUUUGGAAUCAGCAGAAAGGUUAUGGGACUAUUUAAAAUUCAAAUAUGAAUAUUAAUUCCAAAAGAAUGAUUACAGUUCAAUUAAAAACGUAUUAUACGAAAUAAAUAUUAAAAUGAAUACACGUGUAUACUUAUCUUAAAGUGUACAACAGAUCAAUAAAGUUUAGGC